AACACUUCUCAGUUUCCCCAAAAACCUUCAUCUUCAAGACCUGUCAUACUAGCGGCAAAGUAGUGUAUACUAUUUACUUAGGAGUAGAGAGGGCGGACGAUGGCACACUUGGUUAUGCCCUACAAGGUUUCAGCUUUGUCUAAGACGUGUCUCUUCGGUUUGAUCUCCUCUGCUCCUUUCCAGGUUUGUCGUUUUAGUCAAGUUGGGCUCUCGGCGAGGAAUAUCAGUAGGCAUAGACAAUUCUUUGCUCCUAAGGUUACAGAUUGGAGGAAGAGUCGUUUUCCCUACUCGUCAUUUCCAAAGCAAAGGACAUCCAAUCAGAGAUUGAUCUGUUCUAUUGCAACUGAGUCAGCAACUAAGAAAGGUGAAGAAUCUAAGAUGGAGGGACCAAAAGAAAUCUUUCUCAAGGAUUACAAGCAGCCUGACUAUUUCUUUGAUGCGGUGGAUUUGAAAUUUUCACUGGGUGAGGAUAAAACAAUUGUCUCUUCUAAAAUUGCUGUCUUCCCCAGAGUUGAAGGUGGCAGUUCAUCCCCCCUUGUUUUGAAUGGCCAUGAUCUGAAGCUGCUUUCCAUACUUGUUAAUGGAAAUGUGUUGAAGGAGGAAGAAUUUCACUUGGACUCGAGGCACUUGACUAUUGCUUCACCGCCCAAUGGAAAGUUCACUUUGGAAAUUGUUACAGAAAUAUAUCCACAUAAAAAUACAUCCUUGGAGGGGCUUUACAAGUCAUCUGGCAACUUCUGUACACAAUGUGAAGCUGAAGGUUUCCGUAAAAUUACAUUCUAUCAGGACCGUCCCGAUAUUAUGGCAAAAUACACAUGUCGCAUUGAAGCAGAAAAAUCCUUGUACCCUGUGUUAUUGUCUAAUGGAAACCUUGUUGAGCAAGGAGAUCUGGAGGGAGGACGCCAUUACGCCAUUUGGGAGGAUCCUUUCAAGAAACCAAGUUAUCUGUUUGCAUUGGUUGCUGGACAAUUGGUUAGUAGAGAUGACACAUUUACCACUCGUUCUGGCAGAAAUGUCUCCCUUCGAAUUUGGACGCCUGCACAGGAUUUGCCAAAGACAGCGCAUGCAAUGUAUUCACUUAAAGCAGCUAUGAAAUGGGAUGAAGAUGUCUUUGGUCUUGAGUAUGAUUUGGAUCUUUUUAAUAUUGUUGCCGUACCAGAUUUUAACAUGGGAGCAAUGGAAAACAAAAGUUUGAAUAUUUUCAAUUCCAAGCUAGUCUUGGCUUCUCCUGAAACUGCAACUGAUGGAGAUUAUGCUGCGAUUCUAGGGGUGAUUGGACACGAGUAUUUCCACAAUUGGACUGGGAACAGAGUGACAUGUCGUGACUGGUUCCAGCUUAGUUUGAAGGAAGGUCUAACAGUCUUCCGUGAUCAGGAAUUUUCUUCUGAUAUGGGAAGCCGUACAGUGAAGAGGAUUGCUGAUGUUUCAAAGCUUAGAAUGUAUCAAUAUCCUCAGGAUGCUGGUCCCAUGGCCCAUCCAGUUCGGCCUCACUCCUACAUUAAGAUGGAUAACUUCUACACUGUAACGGUGUAUGAAAAGGGAGCUGAAGUUGUUCGAAUGUACAAAACCUUGCUGGGAAGUGAAGGAUUUAGAAAGGGGAUGGAUUUAUAUUUUAAGAGGCAUGAUGGGCAAGCUGUAACUUGUGAAGACUUUUUUGCUGCAAUGCGGGAUGCAAAUAAUGCAGACUUUGCUAAUUUUUUGUUAUGGUACUCUCAAGCUGGAACCCCUCUUGUCAACGUUACAUCUACUUAUGAUGCUGAUGCUCAUACUUUUUCUCUUAAGUUCAGUCAAGAUAUCCCUCCCACACCAGGGCAAUCUGUAAAGGAGCCAAUGUUUAUUCCAAUUGCGGUCGGCCUUUUAGACUCAAGAGGCAAGGAAAUUCCUUUGUCAUCUGUAAACUAUGGUGGGAAAUUGGAAUGUUUUGGCGGUGGCAAGCCAGUCCACACUACAGUUCUUAGGCUAACAAAGAAAGAAGAGGAAUUUGUGUUCAAUGGCAUACCGGAGAGGCCAACACCGUCUAUAUUAAGGGGGUUUAGUGCUCCCAUUCGACUUGAGUCUGAUCUUACCGAUGCAGAUCUAUUUUUUCUUCUUGCGCAUGAUUCUGAUGAGUUCAACAGAUGGGAAGCCGGACAGGUGUUGGCAAGGAAGCUGAUGCUCAACCUUGUAGCUGAUUUCCAGCAAAACAAACAUUUGGUUCUUAACCCACAAUUUGUACAGGGAAUAAAAAGCAUCCUUAAUGAUUCUAGUUUAGAUAAGGAGUUCAUUGCAAAGGCAAUAACUUUGCCAGGGGAAGGAGAGAUAAUGGACAUGAUGAGUGUUGCUGACCCUGAUGCCGUUCAUGCUGUUAGAACCUUUGUCAGGAAGCAACUUGCUGCGGAAUUAAAAGAAGACCUUCUCAGAACGGUAAAAGAGAAUAGGAGCUCUGAACAAUAUGAAUUUAAUCAUCACAAUAUGGCGAGGCGUUCUCUAAAAAACAUCUCUCUUGCAUAUCUCGGAUCACUUGAAGACCCAGAAAUUAUCGACCUUGUAUUGGACGAAUAUAGAACUGCAGCAAAUAUGACAGAGCAAUUUGCUGCUCUGAUAGCUAUUGACCAGCAGCACGGUCAAACUCGGGAUGAAAUUCUAGCAGAUUUCUUUGGCAAGUGGCAGCACGACUUCUUGGUUGUAAACAAAUGGUUUAGCCUCCAAGGUGCAUCAACCGUUCCAGGAAAUGUUGAAAAUAUCAAAAAACUUUUGAACCACCCAGCCUUUGACCUGCGAAAUCCAAACAAGGUGUAUUCAUUGAUUGGUGGAUUUUGUGGGUGUCCUAUUAACUUCCACGCGAAGGAUGGAUCAGGGUACAAGUUCUUAGGAGAACUUGUGGUGCAGCUCGACAAACUGAAUCCUCAGGUGGCUUCCCGGAUGGUGUCAGCCUUCUCUAGGUGGAAACGUUAUGACGAAACCAGACAAGCUCUUGCCAAGGCGCAGUUGGAGAUGAUCCUGUCGACCGAGGGGCUCUCAGAGAAUGUUUUUGAAAUUGCAUCAAAGAGUUUGGCUGCCUAAUCUGAUCAUAUUAUCUGGACCGAAUCUGAACUUUAAAUGAAACAUAGGUAGUAAAAUGACUAAGUUUUCCCAUAAUUAGUAUUUCACUUAUUAUGUUUUUUAAAUUAUUUCUAUAGAUGUUUUUAGUAUUUCCCCAUUAGGAGUCUAUUUCAGAGUUUGGUACACUGGAAGGACUGUCCAAGUUAACAAUUGUUUACUCCACAGAUAUGGAAAAAUAAUUCCCCCCUCAUUUUCUUGAGGGGCUGGUCGUCUAUUACUUUAUACUCCGUAUUAUAGUUACCGUUCCAUGACUAUUUUGAUGGCGUUAAUGCUCAUUAAUUUG